AUGAAGUUCAUCCCCGCCGUCAUCAUCGCCUUAGCCGCCGUCGCUGCCGCCGCUCCCGACGACGCCAGGCCUCCGACGGCCUCUCCGACGGCCUCUCCGACGCCCUCUCCGGCGGCCUGCACGCCUGGCACUUAUGCUUGCACUGCAGAUGCCAGAGGCUGGCAAGUCUGCGAUGUCUCGGGCCAGUUCGUGGUUGCUGGUACUUGCCCUCCCGGCACUUCGUGUGUGUUCUUCCGGCCAAGCUUGAGCCCCUACUGUGUUCCCCCUGGCUUCAGGUUCCCUGGCCAGUGA